AUGCCCAAUUUUACUGAAGUAACAGAGUUUAUCCUUCUAGGGUUGACUAGUUCUCCUGAGCUGCAAAUCCUCUUCUUUAUAGUUUUCUUGAUAGUCUACAUUGUCACCCUGCUUGGCAAUAUUGGGAUGAUCAUUUUAAUCAGGAUCAGCCCUCAGCUUAGCAGUCCCAUGUAUUUUUUCCUCAAUCACCUGUCUUUUGCAGACAUAUGGUUCUCUUCUAAUGUCACCCCUAAAAUGUUGGAAAAUCUGGUAUCUAAAGUGAAGACUAUUUCCUACCCUGGGUGCAUAGUGCAGUGUUUCUUCUUCAUUGCCUUUGUCCACGUGGAAGUCUUCAUCUUAGCAGUGAUGGCCUUUGACAGGUACAUGGCCAUUGGCAACCCUCUGCUCUACAGCAGCAGAAUGUCUCGGACUGUGUGUAUACGACUAAUCUCUUUCCCUUACAUCUAUGGCUUCUUUAUCAGUUUGAUCUCUACAUUGUGGACCCAUGGUUUGUACUUCUGUGGGAACAUUGUGAUUAACCAUUUCUACUGUGCAGACCCAGCUCUCAUCAAGAUGGCCUGUGCUGGGACCUUCAUUAAGGAAUAUACCAUGCGCACCUUGGCGGGACUCAAUUUCUCUUACUCCUUACUGGUCAUAAUUGUCUCCUAUAUAUUCAUCCUUAUUGCCAUCAUAAAGAUGCGCUCCACAGAAGGAAGGAAAAAAGCCUUUUCCACAUGUGGUUCUCACUUAACAGCAGUAACUAUAUUUUAUGGAACGCUUUUCUUCAUGUAUCUCAGAAGCCCAACUGAGGAAUCUGUGGAGCAAGGGAAAAUGGUAGCUGUGUUUUACACUACAGUUAUUCCUAUGUUGAAUCCCAUGAUCUACAGUCUUAGGAACAAAGAUGUCAAGGCCGCUAUGAACAAGGCCAUCAGUAGAGCAUUUUUAGAAAAAUAG